UUGACGUUUAUCAAUGGAGCAUGCAUUGAAGUAGUGAGGUAAACGUGAGAAUGUAGUGAUUUAGAAACGCUCUAGUUUCAGUAAUAUCGUAGCAGAGAAAUGUUAAAGUGUGUUAGACAUUAUAUUAGUAAAAAGCACAAGGGACAAAUUGAUAUUGUUAAAGAAUGGAUGAAAACAAGUUCAGGAACCGCAAGACAUUUUUCGGUUGGAAGUCACUCCAACGACAGGUCGAAUCCUAGUAUUUUUACCGUUGGCUCCAGACAUUAUAAAGGUCUUGAUGAUUCACAGUCUCCAAGAUUGACACCUCACCAAGUGACAACAAUAUUACGCCUAAAUGAAACUUCGAUAGAAGAAAACAAUGGCGCUAUUCGCGGUUUCGAAACAAAUCAAUUGAGAUCGAACAAUCCAAUUGAAGAUCGCAGAGGAGAGGCCAAGCUUCCCCAUGGAAAUAAAUAUUUAUUUGGGGUUUAUGAUGGGCAUGCAGGAUGUGCAUGCGCUCAAGCACUCAAUGAACGCUUGUUCAAUUAUUUAGCAGUGGCCUUGUCGCCAUCAGAAGUUGUGGAAAGAGUGAAAAAUGGUGAAAUUGAUCUAGACAAAGAAUUGUUACAUUGGUAUCAUGGCGGUGUUGAAUACAGACACUCAGAGCUUCGAGAGUUAUACGAUAAAAGCUUGAGAAAGUUCGCAAGGGAAAACUUAACUAAUUUUAGUGACGAUCAGUAUGUGCCUGACAUUUUGAUGCAGGCGUUUCUCCGCCUUGAUGAAGAUAUCGGAAGUGAAGCCUUGCCUGUCACAACUAAUUCGGUGUUAAAUGGUAAUACCAGUUCUGUUCUGAACACGGAGCUAUUGACGAUAGCGUUUGCUGGAGCCGUUGCGUGCGUAGCGUAUAUAGAUGGUACAGAUAUGUUUGUGGCAAAUGUUGGCGAUUGUCGUGCCGUUCUCGGAGUAAACAAAGGGGCAGAUAACUGGGAAGCAAAGGAACUGACCCAACAACAUGACGCAAAUAACGAGAGUGAGGUUAACCGAAUACUGAAACAGCAUCCUAACGAAUCUAACAACGUAAUAAAAAAUGGUCGAUUAUUUGGGGAUUUAGCUCCAUUCCGCGCAUUUGGCGAUGUUCGCUACAAAUGGCAUGCGAAAGAUCUGAAACACAUUAUGAACACAAACCGAUUUCCUCAUUCGUUUAUAAGUGUCUAUGGUGAUAAACUCCUCCCUAAUAAUUAUAAUACUCCGCCAUAUUUAAUAGCAGAACCAGAAAUAAAGUAUCAUCAACUUUCACCGAAAGACAAAUUUCUUGUUCUGGCGUCUGAUGGACUCUGGGACAUGAUAUCGCCAGAAAAGGUGAUUCAGUUAGUUGCUGGUCACAUGGACGGACGACAGGUUUUAGUAAAUUUUGAUUUGCCUAGAGAAAACAUGACGCUCGGUGCCAUCAACCAGUUGCUGACUCAACGAAAGAAGAGUUUUGCCAAUAAAACAGUGGAUUCAAACGUUGCGACACAUCUUAUUCGUAAUGCCAUUGGUCAAGAUCACCUCCAGUUGUCGGCCCAGCUAACAUUACCCAACAGUAUAUCACGGUUUUAUCGUGAUGAUAUUACAGUUACUGUCGUGUUUUUUGAUUCAGAUUAUAUCAUGGACAAUGUUACUUAAAAUUUAAAACAAUUCUUUUAGAAUAUGUUAUUGGUAAUUAAUUAUAGAUAUUUAAAAAUAGAUAUUCAAAGUAGAUAAGUCUCUAACUCAACAUCAUCCAAAGUCUUACACGUUGAAAAUAUGUUAAUUAUAUACUGGUACAAGUUUACAAUAACUGUCUUGUUUUCUGGUUUAUAAUAUUAUUUAUAACAAUUGUGUUCUGAAAACAUGUUCAUUACAUACCGGUGUAAACAUUUAUUAAAGAUACAUUAUGGAAGAUAAGAUAAAGAGCUGGCAGUUCUCACUAUAAUAGUGAAUAUGCUUCAAUCUAAGCCGAGAAAACCUUGUUUUAAAAUCACUGUAGCCUCAAUUUUUAUUGUUACCGCUUUCACGAUAAUUAACAAAGUCUUGAUUAUUCAUUCUUAUGGUUAAUCAUCAAUGGGCGUUGAAUAGCAGAUUGGAUUUAAAGUCAGUGAAAAUCGGACUCAUAAGAUGGCAUCGAGAGUUGAUUAUGAUCUUUUAAUGUUAAUAAAUGUCCAAUGAAUCGUUUAUAUCACAUUUCAGGCCUAAAGAAAGACCUACAAUAGGCAGAUUUAGCUCCUGCAUAAUGUACAUGUCUGUUUAAGCAGAGCUUUUUUCAAUUUAUAUAGAAAACAAUAACUAGUUGCCCCUUAUUCACGAAAACUUAA